AUGUUUAAUUAGAAAAAAGACUAUAUAAAAAAAAAAUAUAAGGAUGUACCACCAUUAAACAUUGGUGAUGUGAAUCGAAUAUUGCAACAAUAUAAAAGUGAUGAAGAUAAAUUUAGAAUGUUUGCAUCAAUUUUAGAAAUUUAAAAAUAGCACACUACACGAACUCACGAAAGUAAUACAGAAGAAAUUCUUAGGAAGAAUGUAUAGAGAUUGAUUGAACUUUAUGGAGAUAUGGAUAUUAAUUAUGAUGCUCUCAAUAAUAUUUAUAAGAAGGUUGAUGAAAAUUAAGACAUCUAAACUUAGAUUGAAAAAAUUGAAUAUAGCAAUAUAUUUUAAGGAGACAUGAAUUCCUAAAUUAUAAGCGUACAAAGGCAGAUUGAUAAAUACGAUCAUUACUUGAAUGUCAUCUAAACUAAGCUUUCUAAAAAUGUAUUCACCAAUUACUCUAGUUAUCUCCAAGCUCUUACUCAUAUUGAUUCCAUUGGAAAUGUCAGCUAAAAACUAAUCAUUAAGGUUAGAGAGAGCAGAGAAAAGAUGUAGAAAACAUAAUAAACAGUAAUAAAGCACAGCAAAUAGAUUUUGGAGAAAAGACAAUAAAUACUAAACUUAUAAGUAAAUGAAUAAUAUUAUUAUAGCUAUUGAUAGAAACGCUAAAGAAAGUUAAAGAUCAGUAUGCUUUGCCUUAUGAAAGCUUUGUGCUUAGUAUGUAGAAUGGAUAUAUAGAUGCGUCAAUCUACCUACCCACAAUUAUAGUAUUCUUUAUCAUCUAUAUAGAAUAUUGAAAUAAUUGAUGGUUUAUAAUUUAUACCCAAGAAUUAUAAAGAGGAUAGGAUUGAAUAUGUUAGAUAAUUAACAUGUAAAGGGAUAAUCGAUUAGUUUAUCAAUUAUGACGAAAAAAUAUACAAAAUUCAUUAUGACUCCUAUCUUUACAUGGAAGUACAUCUAUUAAUUUAAACAAGAAAAAUAAUAUAGUACAACCUUACGAUUAAAUAGUUCACAUCCUAAUUUUGAGAGCAUUCGAAGCUAAAUUAUAAAUAGUAUUUGAUCAAAUUAGUCAAAUUUUAUAAAUUGACUUUUAUUUUGACAAUUUAACAGAUUCUUUAAAUCAAAUAUCAAAGGAACAACUCAUUGAAUUUUAUAGAGAAUUAUGUUGUUAAACAGUUCAUUUCUUUAUAAAUUUUCAUUUGAUCAUAAGAUUCCAUUUAGAAAAUACUUAAAAUUCCUCAAUUAUUCAAUUAAGAAAGUUAAUUUAUGAAAAGGUGUUCGAUAGAAUUUGCGAUUUUAUCGAUUAAACAACAAGUUGGCCUCGAAUGAACAAAGAAGAUAUGAUUUGCUUUUUUGGUAUGCUUACUAUUUUGAUAUCUAAAUGUGAAGUAUUUGGAGGUUAAAACCUCUAGAAAUUCAAAACAUUCAUAGAGGAUAAGUUUAAUAAUUAUUUAGAGACAAGAGGGAAUGAUAAAUAAAUCAAAGAAUCAUUAAUAAACGAAGAUUGUAAGAAAUGCAUGAAAAUCACACUUAAUUAAACCUAAAAUAUGUUAUAAAUAGCUAAUAAAUAAUCCAAAUUCCAUAUCUUCGAUUAUCAAGAUCCACUUCCAGAUACAUUGAAUAUCUUCAAAUCGAUUGAAUACAAGAAAAUAAUUGAUUUAAUUAUGGGCACAACUGUUUCUAUGAAAAAAUAAAACAACACAUCUAGUUUAAUUUAUUAAGGAAAAGAAAGAACACUCUUAUUGACAUCAACUGUUAGUUAAUUGUACAUUAUCAUCCAACAAUAGCUAAUGUACAUUCAUUUCAGUUAAUAGCAUAAAACAAAAUUAGUGGAAGAAUUGAUCUUCUUAAUAAACUAUUAUAUUUAUACUUUAGCAAUUCCUAUGAUUUUAGAUGAGCAUAAAAGGUAUAUAUUUGAUGAUACGCUUAAUUUUAAUUAUGACUAAAAGCAAGAGCCAGAUCAAUAUACAUAAUAGUUUGAACACAUUAGUUAAGUAAUCCUCUAUAGAGAGAAGUAUGGUGAUUUGAUUAAAUACCUCAAAAAAAUCCACAUUCCAGAAGAUCUUAAGGUUAAAAAAACCUAGCAAUUUGAUUUAAUGGAUAGAGUCGUAUAUAUUGAAUCUAUACUAUUUCUGCUUAAUGAAUUUGAGUCAAUCAAAGAAGUUUUUACUGAAUUUUAACCAUUUUACUAAGAAUUAAACUCAACAAUAGGAUAAUUAUAGGAUAUUGUAAUUAGAGAUAGUAUUAAUAAAGAACCUUAUGCUUAAUUAGUUUAAUGCAAAUAUGAAUUGAAGUAGAAUGACAAGGAGGAUUAAUAGAGGAUUCAGCUGAUAGACAAAAUAAUAUCGACUAAUGAAAUUAAAUUGCAAGGAUUGUCUUAGCAACAAUUAACAGAAGUUUAGACGUUAUAUUAUGAUGAACUCAUCUAUCUAUUUGCAGUUGUUUAUUCUAGAAUUAAGAAAGUAAAUAAUAUAGGCAGAGAAGUUAUGUUGAAUGAUUAUCAAAAAGUCUCGAAAACCUUUAAUGUUGAAAAUAGUUUAUAUGAAUCCUUUGUAAAAAUUCUUAAUUCAACUUAAGCAGAGACAAUAAUUGAAUAUAUGAAUAAUCAUUAAGUAAUUUAUUCAGUUUUUAAUAUUAAUAGAAAAUAUUUCCAUACAAAAUGUUAAUGGGUCUAUUUAAUGCUUAAGGAUUAUAAAAUUGCAAGAAACAACUAAGAAAGGAUCAAUUGUUUAAGAUCUUUUAAAACUACUAGCAAUGA